UACUUAACCAAUUAAAUAAAAUUUAAUAAUAUUCUAGUUUAAAAAUGAAUACUUUAAGAAAAUCUUUAAAAUUAACACAUAACUUAAAAUGCCUUAGAAAAUAUAGCAACAGCUUGUAUGAACCAGAUUAUUUAGACGCAUUGAAACCAAAAAUUCCUUUAUAUGAGGCGUUAAAUAUCCAAGUCAGAGGAUAUGAUUAUCCCGUACUAGAAAAUUAUCAAAAAUACUUACAUAACAUUAUUAAUAACAUGGAUAUUAAUGUGGAAGAUGCAUGGGCAGUCCCAGCUCAAGUUAUGAAAAUUACAACUUAUAAACCGCAAAGUGAGGUUGUUGAUGGCCAGUAUGAACUUAAGACAUAUGAAAGAGUUAUACAAGUAACUGAUAUAUCCACUGUUCAGCUUCCUUUAUUACUUCGAGUUAUAGAAGCUAGUACACCUGCUGGUGUUACCAUAGAUGUUGCUGUCCAUGAUGAAUACCAUGAUAAAGCGAGAUAUGUACCUGAUAGCCAAUUAAAAGCAUUACAACAAGAAUUGGUUGAUUUAGGAGGCCCGUCCAAAAAAAAGUAGUAUAUUCUUUUGUAAAUAGAUAAAUAAAGCACUUAUUACACUGUU